AUGAGGAUAAAAGUGACUGAAGGAGGUCUUCUGGAGGAUGGGAAACCAGCUCAGGCAGGUGUAACUACAGUGUCGGCCACAGCUGCAAUGCUGAACACGGAGAAGAGGAACAACUGUGGCCCUCAGUGUGCGAACCCCUUGGUCCACGGCAUGGAAGCUACGAUGCAGAGACAGAAUGGCUUCAGGACAGCAGAGAGUAAAUGGGACACACAGAAAAAGUCCACAAAAGAAGUCACCAUUAAUGUUACAAAAAGCAUCAGACAAAGUGACAGAAGGAAAACAAAGAACUCUGUUAAUUAA